UACAUGUAUGACAUAGCAUUACGUUACAUCUACUCUGUAUUAUUAUUAUAUAUAAGCUGCUUAAAUUUUACUCAGCGUUAUUGGCUGCGCUAUUAUUACACUAUUAGUAUUAUCACACUUGUUGUUACACUCCCUAGGAUUGAACAGAAGACCGAACCGUGAUGAAAAUGCAUAGUUACUAGUUUUAGUCUUUCUCAGUCUCAUAUGUUCAGUGUUAUAUGUAACAAAGACGGGAUAUAAAAGAAACAUCUAAAACAAAUCAAAUGUAUCGGAUUUUAUGACUGCUUUCGUCUCUUUUUCCAGCAUUAUAAAUAAAUAAAUAAAAUAAAUAAAUAAAUUAUGCAUUAUAAAGAUCGUGAGAUUCCUUGUCCCGCCUCUUCAAUAUUUCGACGCUGUGAUUGGCUGUCUUUCUCAAGCUGACCAAUAGGGUUAUUCUGCAGUGAUGUCACGUUUUUGCCGCUAAAGUCGAACCCCUGCCCUGUAACACAAGCAGACACCGAAGCGGACGUAAAUGCUCUGGACUAUCUAAGUUGUUCAAACCUCAAGUUUCGCGAGAAUUGUCACUGUUCUUGGUUUUGGAGGGAUUUGGCGGUUGAAGUCUUGCGGACGUAUGAAAUAAACAUCAACUUAAACGUCUUAAAUGCAUCGUGUGUUCUCAAUGAUCAUCAGAGACGUAUGUUUUCAUCUGAUAGAGUGACAAAGGCCGGAUUCUGAUCAGCCAUCAUCUUCAGACAUCUGUCUUUCCAGACAGACAACAUGGGAAUUCAAGGCCUGUUGCAGUUUAUUAAGGAUGCAUCGGAGCCUAUUAAUGUGAAGAAGUAUCAAGGACAGACAGUGGCGGUGGACACAUACUGCUGGCUCCAUAAGGGAGCAUUUUCAUGUGCUGAGAAACUUGCAAAAGGAGAACCUACAGAUCAGUAUGUGUCGUACUGUAUGAAGUUUGUGGAUAUGCUGCUGUCUUUUGGUGUUAAGCCAAUCUUGGUGUUUGAUGGACGCAAUUUGCCAUCCAAACAGGAAGUAGAGAAGUCCCGACGCGAGCGGCGACAGGCAAAUCUGCAGAAAGGCAAACAGCUUCUGCGGGAGGGUAAGAUUUCAGAAGCCAGGGAAUGUUUUACCCGCAGUGUUAAUAUCACCCCAUCUAUGGCACAUGAUGUCAUUAAGACCGCCAGAAUGCGUGGAGUGGACUGUGUUGUUGCUCCAUAUGAAGCAGAUGCCCAGUUGGCUUUCCUAAACAAAUCUGGUAUCGCUCAGGCAGUGAUCACAGAGGACUCAGAUCUGCUGGCAUUUGGGUGUAAAAAGGUGAUUUUAAAGAUGGAUAAACAAGGUAAUGGACUGGAGAUUGAUCAGUGUCACCUUGGCCGUUGCAAGUCUCUUGGGAACAUCUUUACAGAGGAGAAGUUCCGUUACAUGUGCAUCCUCUCUGGCUGUGACUAUCUGCCAUCUCUAUAUGGCAUCGGUCUGGGAAAGGCAUGCAAGCUGCUCAGGAUGGCAAAUAAUCCAGAUAUUCUGAAGGUGAUAAAGAAGAUGGGUCAGUACCUGAAGAUGGACAUCACUGUGCCAGAUGAGUACAUUGAGGGUUUCACAAAAGCCGACAACACAUUUCUGUAUCAGCUGGUCUUUGACCCCUUGAAGAGGAAGGUGGUUCCUUUGAACCCUUACCCGGAUCACAUUGACCCUGCUUCCCUCAACUAUGCUGGAACUAAUGUAGGAGAUGAGAAAGGGCUGGAAAUGGCUCUCGGGAAUGUGGACAUUAACACAAUGCAAAGGAUAGAUGAUUUCAACCCUGACACACCUUACACUCAGCCCUCUAAAGCUGCUCGCAGUAGUUCUUGGAAUGACAGAUGUGGCAAAAAUGUUCCAUUGCAGAUAAGUAUUUGGAGCAAGAACUACGAACCAGGUAUCACCCAGCCAAAGAGUCCUACAACCCCCAAAAGACCCCCUCCUACUCGGGGCAAAGAAAAGAUCAUCACCGUGCAGAGUUUAAAAAUGCCCCAAAGAGAAUCACAAGUGAAAAGACCCCGUGAAGAGACCAGCCUCUCUGUAGAUGACCUGUUAGGGCAGUAUUCAGCUGGUGUAAAGAGACGCUGUUCUGAAACUCCGCCCACCACUGAGCCGCUGGCCAAUGACAGCAUUGAGAAGGGGAAUGGCAGCACAGUCGGACAGUGCCGCCCUCGAAAUCGCUUUGCAACACUGUUGCAGUGGAGAAACCAGUCAGAAGAGGGCACUGGAGAGCAGGUCAUGCGCAGCAGGUUCUUCUGUCAUGGUGAAUCCAAUAUGGCAGUAACUCAGGGAGAUUCACAAAAACAAGAUUUACCUCAUCCUACGAAGUCUCUAGAGACUUCUGUCUCACAGUUGGAAGGGGAAACACCAGCAUUGUGUCAAGACCCUGACCCAGAGAGAAAGCAGGUCAAAGAUGAGUCAUCCAGCCCAUCUGCAUCUCCUGCUCACUCCCCCAGGCCUGCUAGUUUGGGUCUUGGGGACUUUAGCUGCUCAGGAAGCACCAAAGAUCUCAAUAAAUCUGCUUCACAUCCAUCCACCGUCACCACAGACAGAAACCGCUCUUCCACACCUUCAGGGUUAUUCACUCUGCAGCAAUUCCACAGAAAGAAGGGCAGCUUCUCCUGGGCAGGAUCAGGGCUUUCUCUCUCGUCCUCUCCUGUAGAGGGCACUGAGGAUGCAGAGAAAUCUCCCGGGUCUCCUCCGUCUCAAGACAGUGCAUAUUUCUCUCAGUCUAGCAGCAUCUCUGCUGGUGUGGAGGACUCCCUAGUAACAGAGGACAACUCUGAUAAGGAAAAGGAGAGGGAUUUAGACGGCUCCGACAGCCCAAGCUGUUCUCCCACAGACAAGCUGAAACCUGCUCUGAACAGAACAAAGGUUUCAGGGUUGUCUCGGAAACAGCCUUGUGGGCAGGAUAAAGGUGGUAAAAUCGAGACCUCAGCUCCCGCUAGGCCCAGUGGUCUGAGGAAGAAAGCGAGUGGGAAAAAGAGCACCGUCAACAAUGAGAACAGUCCAGGCCUGCAGGCCACCAUCAGCGGCCUCUGGGGGGCCUUCAGCUUUAAGAAGGACAAUCCAAAGCUGAACGCUUGUAAGAAAGGAGAGCCGAUGUCUCCGGUCAGGGAGAAUGUGAUGACAGAACUGACUGAAGCAGAUCAAGAGAUUGUCAUCAUCGCAGAAUGAAAUGUCAUCUUUUCAAUCAAAUCAUUGUUUCUUUUAUCAGUAACAGCCAGCCUUUCAUACCGUGUAUGUUCAUAUUUUUGUAUGAUAAAUAAAGCUUGCAGUAUAAUUAAUCUUAUUUUAUUUCAAGUCAAUAAAGACAUGGUUCUCUCUUAGUAAUUGAUUUGUGCUCUGCUU